UCCAUGAGUUGACUCCUAGCAUUAAAACACAAGUCAUCAUUCCCUUGAAGAUUUCUUUCAGCUUUCAGGACCAAGGACAGCUCCCCAAAUUUGACGGGAUAUCUGUUGAGUUGGUUUGUUUGACUAUUAAAUCAAGAAAGCUUCCGAUUCCCGUGAUUGUUCAUCCAGAUAUGUGCUACGAAAACAAUUCCAAAGAAGGUGACGACUUUGACCAUUUGGUGAUUCAGAGGUUUCAAAAGUAUGCCCGCGAGCUUUCUGAAAUACUCCACACUGUGCCUAAAGAGGACAUUGGCCUUGACGAAGAGACGAUAAAAGACAUCAAGUGUCUAGCGAAUUUAAAAACACAUACAGUACUGUUGAAGAUCAAGGACCCUGUGGUGCUUUCACAUGACCAGCCUACAAUUUUAAAUUCCAUUCCAUGGCUGGAUGAGACUUUUACUGCGCUGAACCAACAGCAACAAAAACGGUUCUUUAAAGAGUUCAAGGUGAAAAUUGACAUUGCCAAUACUGUAAUGAAGAAGUACCAACUGACCGACUUCAAGCUCAUACCUGACUUCCAAUCGUGUUUUAUGGGACGAUACUAUGCGAUCCAAAUAAACCUUAAAAACGUCAACAGGGAGACACUAUCUCUCAAAGUGCCCCUUGUUAUUCAGCAUCCAUUCGAUUCCCAAUAGACUUUAAUAUUCUGUAAAUAUAAUUUUUGCACCCAAAUUUU